GUGUUAUUUUUGCUGAAUCAUUGUUUGUUGAUUCUUGAAAAGUUUGUAUUUGAUCUCUACGUCUAGCACCCGAUGUAUUUCAGCCGGGAUAUUUUUCAAUCAUCAACUCAUUCAAUCGACACCCGAGAGGGACGAACUGGGUUCAUUGGCUUCCAUUACAAUCGCCAUGAAACGGAGUCUCAUCUUGAGGCGGAUUGCUCUGCUGUUGCUAGGUGCCAGCUGGGUGCAGGCCAACACAGACGGUGUCGAGGUCAUUUGCGGCCAGGAAUACGUCGGCGAUGUCACAGGGCCUCUCAUGUACAACCCGAAUCCCUGGAAUCAUAAAAGCCCAGAUGGUGGGUUUUCUUGCAUGAGGGUUGAUAACAGCACACCAGCCUACGACGCAACGUGGAACUGGGGUGCGAACAUUCAAGAUGUACACGCUUUCCCGUAUGUGCGGUUUGGCAGCGUUGACCUCCCUAUGCGUCUCAGCAGCAUCCGGUCCAUCCACCUGUCAACCGAUUGGAUCAUGACGGCCGGUGCUAUCAGUGAAUUUCCCCGCGUCUUUACGAAAUCCAUUUGGAGCAAGAAUAAAAGUAAACUGGAGAAGAAUAAUAUCCAGGCUAACGCGGCUUGGGACUUCUUCCUUGACAAUGAUCGCAACAAGACGCUUUACCCGCAAGUAGCAGCCAUCGAGUUUAUGGUCUGGCUUGGUAGCGUGGGUGACCCGUGGUGGCUCGGCCGCCUGAACUCGACGAUCUUGUCCAACAUAACGCUUGGAGAUGCCGAGUUCUCCCUUUACUAUGGGCGCAACUCGGGCGGCACCCACGUCUUCACCGCAGUGCCCCGUGACGGCGAGGAUAUUCUGUCUAUUGACCAAGACUUCUAUCCUCUCCUCGAGUUUAUUCUCAAACAAGCUCACAAGCAUCCUGAGAUCCCAGACGACCUGCCGAGGGACCCCUACCUGGGGAUUGUCGAGUUCGGCACCGAAACCUGGUUUUCUGACGGAAAUGCGACAUUCACGGCAGCCAACUUUGGCAUGAAGCUGGACGGAGACGUUGAAUCGAAUGGCAACAACUCUAGUGAGAACAAUAGCACUUCUGAAAAUGGAGGCGGCUCGUCAGACGGGGAUGACGACAGUGCGGCUGUGACGUUGGAUGGGUUGCCGGUGUUUGUAUACACCACGGUAGUCAUGUUGAUCGUUGGGGCUCUCUGGUAGUUCAUGAGAAGAGCUGGUUUGACACAUAG